GGCGACUAGAAAACCCUAGGCCUCAACUCAUCCAUCAGAUAGGGAAGCACGCCGGAGCCCUAUUCCCCUGCCGCCAAAAUGGUGAACGUUCCGAAGACCAGGAAGACCUACUGCAAGAACAAGGAAUGCAAGAAGCACACCCUUCACAAAGUCACUCAGUACAAGAAGGGAAAAGACAGCCUCUCUGCCCAAGGAAAGCGUCGUUAUGACAGGAAGCAGUCGGGAUAUGGUGGUCAGACCAAGCCUGUUUUCCACAAGAAGGCAAAAACCACUAAGAAGAUUGUGCUGAAGCUGCAGUGCCAGAGCUGCAAGCACUACUCCCAGCGCGCCAUCAAGAGGUGCAAGCACUUUGAGAUCGGUGGAGAUAAGAAGGGCAAGGGGACAUCUCUCUUCUAAAUAGCUUUCACCUAUCUGUAGUUGUGGUGUUCAACAACAUGUCUUAAGAUUUUGAUGUUAGAAGUUAAAUUAUAACAGACCUUGUCACGUAUCGAAACUUGUGUGUCUUGUAUUCGAUUACUUUUGGCUGAAUGAAGUUUUGUAGCUUGAAUCCU